AGUCAUCUAGUAAUCCUGCAUCAGAAGUUACUUUCUUUGACUUUUUAUUGCUAAUGUCAAACCACUGACUUCUAAUUUGAUGGACAUUUCAUAGUUUUUCUGAGUUUUGAAGAAAAAUUCAGAAAGAACUCCUGAAUUUCUUGCUUCUAACUUUCCUCACACACAUCCCGGGUGCUUCGGCGUGGCGAUAGCGCACGGUGUGGGUUUAUCUCAGCAGCCCGUCACUGAGCCUUGGCCUCACACUGCCGGAGCUGCAGCUCAGCGGAGCAGUCUGAUCACUUCUCUCUCUUUCCUGAUAUUUAUUCCAUGUCAUGCCAGGUAAGAGGAAACCCAUGUUCUUACUCUGUUCUGUUCUCUGACACGCUAACUUACUGUUUGUUUUAGUCAUUUAAUUACUGUUUUUGAAUGAUUUAAGCAUUAGUGUUGAUCUGUACAUAAAGAAAUAAGCAGUGUUUACCUGUAAAACUCGAAAACUUUCCCUUUUUUACCCUUUUUAUAUUUAAAUCUGUAUGCUUCUUCCUCACAUUUCGCUAGUUUGGAAUCUGACCAACAUAGAACUGACUAAUUUUUUCUUAACUUAACCACUGUGUGCAUGUGGAUUAUGAAAGGACCUCAGACAAGCAGUAAAUGUCUGUUUUUAUUUUCACUUCAGACUUUCAGAUUCAGUUUACACCAUCAGCAAGCUGCCCGGCUUUGCAUUGUUGUCGUUGUCCACCUCAUGCUCUUUACACUAAAGAUGGACCCGCGUCUAGACUUGCAGGAUAACUUUGUUUAAUGCCGGGCCUUAUCAGUUCCUGCGAUAGUGUGUUUACAGUCACGAUGUGACGAUGCUGACUGGUGCUGAGAUCCCACAAUGCAUCGUUGACAGGUCAGGUGAUCCUGGAACUGAGCCUGUCUUGGAGUCUCCUUUGGUUUGAGUUCUCAGGCUGUUUCUGCUUCGUGAUCCACUCUUACUGUUUAUGUCAGCUGACUGAGUUGAUAACUCUGCCUUUUUAUGUAUCCCACAGAUCGACAUGAUCUUCUUCAAGCUGCCAUGAUGCGGUACAGAGUGAGAUUUUGCCCGCUCGCCAUCACAUUGCUGCUGCUGUUCAUCGCUGCAGCUGGACUGCUUGCAGGCUUUUUGCUGAAGUUCUCGAUUCGCUGGCGGAUCCUUCUGGGAUCACGUGUUUGUGCCUGCAGCAAAUGUUUAACGGAGGGCGAUUCCUGCUUCACAGAACUGGUCAAUGAGGCUCCUGAACCCUUUUUAUCAGGAACAUUAAGACCUCCACCCGAUGCAUUCAAGUGGUGGAAGCAUUUACAGGCUUCAAAAUGCAGCUACUCUUCCUACAAUGCCACGCUGGACCGAGUGUUUCAGAUGUUCCCGCCUUUUCCAAACGUGGCGGCGCCCAGCCCCGACCGCUGCAAGACGUGUGCUGUGGUGGGGAAUUCACACAACCUGAAGGGAUCCGAUUAUGGAUCACUGAUUGAUUCACAUGAUAUCGUUAUCAGAAUGAACCGUGCCAAAAUUGAAAGCUACGAAGGAGAUGUCGGAGCCAAAACGACUCAUCAUAUCAUGUAUCCGCACAGCGCCGUUAACCUGGAGAACAACACUUCUCUCGUGUUUUUCCCCUUCAAGAUCAGGGAUUUUGAAUGGCUCUUCAAGAAGUUCGAUCCAAACAUUCCAAAGUCGAAGACAAUUGCAAACAAGGAUUUGGUGGUGAUACUGAAUCCAGCCUUCAUGAAGUAUGUUCACCAGGCGUGGCUGGGCAGUAAAGGCCGCUGGGCUUCCACCGGCUUCAUGACGGUGGUCCUCAGCUUGUACAUGUGUGAUCAGGUCAAUGUUUUUGGGUUUGGGGCUGACAAGAAUGGAAAUUGGAGCCAUUACUUUGAAAAACUCCGCAAGAAGAGGCUGAAAACUGGAGUCCAUCCCGGAAAGCACGAAUUUCAAGUUAUUCAGAAAUUACACAAGAAAAAGAAGAUCCGGCUUUACAGUGGACAUUGAUUUGUUGGUGUUGAAUUACAGUAAUAAAAACGAAACGUUUCUCUUCAUUAUUGGGGGAUUUUUUUU